UAUACACAUCAUAAUGCCAUAAAUCAUAAUAAUUUAAAUAUAAUAAUAUUAUUAAUAUUAUAGUAGUAUAGCUUUAUAGCACUGCAAGUUUAUAAUGGUAUAACUAUAUACCUAUGUAUUUCAUGUACUAUAAUAUAAUAAUUGUAAUAUGAAAGUACAAAACAUCAAGAAUAAAUCUCAAAAGUAUGGUAUACUAAAGCAUAAAUUCCGUACGACGAACUACAUUGAAGAUGUACACUAUGGUGUAGAAAGUCCAAUUCUUUCUAUCAAACACUUAGGCCGCAAUCUACAGUGCGUACACUGUUUAGAAAUCUCGACAGCAGCUUUGAAUCAGGUUAUAAGUACUCAUGAAUAGUCAUGAUGUGUGAGCCAGAAAAUAGUGUGGGUCGCAGUGGAAGUGCAGGCCUAAAAAUUAAAGUCUAAAGAGGACAUCAGCAAGAAACGAUAUUUUGUCGAUAACAGACGAUUAUGAAACCACGUUGCUUUUGGACGAUGACGACGAUGACGAAAACAUCAAUUCCACGGAUUAUCUAACAAAACCGAACACAAAAAUGUUUAACGCAGGUGUUACUUAUAGGACUGAAACGGAAUUAAUAUGUCGAAAAACGUUCGGUUACGACGGCCAAACGUUGUCACACUGUUACAACGAUUCGCACUGCAAGUUGUACGGCGACUGUUGUCGGGAAAGUCAGUUUUAUGACGAGCCAGGGCAGACUGUGGCCAUCACCGGCAGCGUGUACAACAACAGCCGGUACGGGUGUUACAACAAGCACGGCUUAGACUCGUUGCAAGCACUGUUGAUCGGCAGGUGUCCGCGUGUGACUUCAGUAGCUGAACGUGACAAGUGUGAGCGGCACGACGAUGAUUUCAUAUCCACCUACCCCGUGUCAAGCAGUGACGGGACACACACAUAUAAGAACGUCUGGUGUGCAUUGUGUCAUGGUGAACGUCGGCGGGUCGUCUACUGGAAACCAUUAUUCGUGUGUUACGGGCGCGACAGCCGGGUGUUACCGGUACAGGUUCGGCUGGAGAACGCGUCCGACCACACCCUGUUGUACCGAGACGGCAAGUGGUACUACGCCGACUACAAAAACCAGACGUUAUUCUCGUGUGACUACCGGAUCCGGCCACCGGACUCGAUCGCCACCCCACCAUUGCGCCCGUGCGUCGGCGAAGGAUCCGCCGGUAUCGUGGACGGCUGUCCCGCCGGCACGCCGACCGCCAUGGCUUUGGCGUGCGCGUCACACACCUACACCCUUUUCGAGUACCAGUCAAGCGGUGGCCGGGAUAGGCGCGUGUUCCGAAACGCCGACUGCGCCCGGUGCAACGGCUUGACCGUCAACCAGUUGAUGUGCGAACCACCGGCGCCGCCGUUACGCAUGCCGUUCGUAGGGUUCGGGUCGUUGUUUGCGGUCAGUAGGACCGGCGAACGGCGCAACCCGUGCGCCCCAGACGAGAUUUACGACGUGGCCGCGGUCAAGUGCAGGAACGUGAUUCAGGAAGAGCUGUCGGGCGCGUGCUUGACGUUCGUGACGUUUGGCCAAGGCGAAUACGACGGACGGACCGUGAGCAACGGGACGGCGUACGUGUACGCGUACAAGAAACGCGUCCGAUACAGAACGGGAGAUCGCCCGACGACCGCGGCCAAGGGUGCCGGGUCUCUACUGCAGGUGUGCACCGAGGACGCGGACGGGCUGCUCAAACCGUACGAGCAAUCAGCGUACGCGGUGUACCUGUCGUACGCGGGCGUUGUUGGAUCGUGCGUGUCUGCGACCGCGCUGGUCGCGCAUCUCGUGCUGUUCGGAUGUUGUACAGGCGCUGAACCGAAGAACCUGCCCGAAAAGAACCUGGCCAGUCUGUCUACGGGCUUGCUGGUGGGAUACGUGGGCUAUCUGUCAGUGGCACUGCAAGCGGUGUCCCCGGGCAAUGGACUGCCGUGCCUGGUAUCCGCGCUCACCAUGCAGUUCGGUUUCCUGGCCGCUUUCGCGUGGAUGUUUGUUAUGUCGGCCGACGUUUGGAUCGUGCUGCACGCGUCCACAAAGAAACUCCGGGUGGCCGGCGGCCAGCGUCACGGCCGGUUCAUAGUCUAUUCGAUGUUUGCCUGGCUCGCGCCCGCCGCACUCACUGCACUGUCCGCUACCAUACAAUUGCAAUUGGUCCCUGGCGCGCUGUUCCCCGAGCUCCGGCCCAACUUCCAUUACGACUGCUGGUUCCGGAACCCACAGUCACUGGUCGCGCUGUUCGUGCUCCCGGCCGGGACCGCGAUCGCCGCCAACUACGUGUCGUUCUUUGGCGCUGUCCGGUUGAUCGCUACAUCGGACGACGGGUUCAAGACGUCUGGCAGUGGUGGUCACUGCAGCAACGCAACCACCAUCAACCGGACGCGUAGGAAUCUCAAGAUCUACGUGCGCCUGUCGCUGAUGAUGGGCCUGGCGUGGGUGUUUGCGCUAGUCGGCGCAUUCACCGACAGCGACGUAGCCUGGACGCUCAACACGGCCCUCAACUCGCUGCAGGGCGCGUUCAUAUUUGUCGCGUUCGACUGCAACCGAAUCACCGUGCAGAAGUUGGCCGUGUUCCGCAAACAACCGUCCGUGUCCGAGACGCAGACCACCACAGCGGCCACGCCGCUCAGUGCCUCCACCUAGCGAGCGCCCGGCUGAAAUUUCCCAACACGCGUAUUGAGUAGGGUUGGUGUCCGCGGUGUAGUACAACUGUAACUGUGUAGACAUAUUUUUUUACGCUAUUGAGUUUAGGAUGGUAUAGUAGCGAUAUAGGUAUGUUAUAUAUUAUGUUAUAUUAUAUUAAAUUAUAUUAUAUAUUAUAUUAUGUUACCGCUUUUGAACAACAACCGGAAUUUUCGGGAAUAUUCCUCACCGCUAUUAAUUGUUUGCAAUUCAAUUUAUUGAAAUCACGGAGGUUUGAAUGUCACUUUUAACUACCUAUAUAUUCUGUUCGUUAGUAAGUUUUAUUAUUUCACUAUAAUCCAUAUUACCCAUAUAUUAGUUUUUUUUUAGGUAAAAUAGAUACGUUUUAAUUGUUGUUUCCUGUAUGGCUAUAUAUAAUAAUUAACAAUAAAAAACAUUUUGUAAUAUUAAUUGUAAUAUCAUUAAAAAAUUUUUCAGCUAGAUACCUACAAUUUGUAUACCAAAAUGUUUUGUUGUUUUGUUACUUAUCGGAAAUUGCAUCUUAUCUAUUCGGUCAUUCAUACAAAUAUUAUAUUUAUUUUUCUUUAUUUUAUAUACAAUUGUACCUACACAAAAUCUGCACCGACUGAACCUAUAUAGGCACAGUUGUAUGAAUUGACGGAACAACCCACCAAUAUUGGCCAUUGGUAAUACUACUUACAAUACAAGUGUACCUACUUCA